AUGGCGCAGCUGCCCGAAGCGGCGGCAGAGGAAGUGGAGCUGGUGAAAGCGAUCUAUGGUGACGAGGCGGUCGAGGUUCGGGAGAACGUGAUCCUGGUGGAUCUCCAGCCGCGCGUGGGACAAGGCACGGCCUUGGUCUCGGCCACAAUGGCGCUGCGCAUCCCCGAUGGCUACCCGGGCCAAGCCGUGCCGGAGGUAUCCGUGUGGCGCUCCCGGGGCUUAUCUGACUCCGGGCUGGGGAGCCUGCUUUCUGCGGCCAAGGCCUCCCUUGAAAGCAAUGGUUUGGCUGAGGAAGGCUGCCUCUGCCCGCUGCUGGAAGAUGUCAGCGAGGCCCUGGACAGUGCCAACGACGACAGUGAGUGCCUGAUCUGCCUCCAGGUCUGCGGCAGCGUCACGGACGCCAGCGUGGUCCACGCCCCCUGCGACCACAUCUUCCAUGCCACGUGCCUGGGUCGAUGGGCGCAGCUGAAGAUUUCGGAGGCGCGAGAGGUAGCAACAGACAAAACACAGAGCAUCCGCUCCCAACGCGACGCGCUGUCCCGGGAACUGGCGGAGGUGACGUCGAGCGUGGCGGACCUGGUGGAGGAGGUGAGUCGACUUGAAGAUCUGGUCGCCAAGCUGUCGGCCAGGCGCGAAGCGAUUCGCAAGGCGCAGGAAGAGGACAUGCAGGACGUGGAGCCUGAAGAGGAGGGGGAGGAAGACGAGCCCCCUUUGGAGGAGCAGCUGGCGUCAGCAAAGAUCGAGCUCAAGACAGUGCUGGCCAAAAAGCGCCGCGCUGACUUGAAGCACGCUGACCUCUCAGACCAGUAUUCCAACAUCGAGCAGGAGCUCCGUGAAAGCACGGACGUGGAGUCUGCAGGCCUCCCGUGUCCGGUGUGUCGCGCAGCGAUACCGCCUCAUCAGCUGCCUUCACAACACCCCGCUGGCCCGACAUCUGGCAGCGGUGAUGAGACCCGAAGCUCUGUGAGCGCGUUGCCCGCAGAUCUUCUCAGGCAGGUCCGAGACGUCCAACAGAAGCAUGGCGCCAUUCUCGCCAAGCGCAGGCAGAAGGAGAAGGAGGCAGAGGAAGCAGCCGCCCAGCUGGCCGCCCAGCAGGAGAUGCCGGCCGAGCCUGAAGUACACUGCGCCGCAGGCUCUUCGGGUGGCUGGUGGUCGAACUCGGCGGGCUGGGAGCAGGCGGACUGGUCCCAGAGCUCCACACGAGGAAAAGGCAAGAGCCAGGGCUACAGCAGCGGCGGCUGUGGCGGCCUGGCGCAGGAGGGCAAGCCACGCAGCCGGUGGAGCAGACAUCCGCGGUGA